AUGACAACAAUAGUUGAACAAGAUAUAAAGAAACAACAAGAUGAAGAGGAAUCAUUGACAGAAUCAAUGAAACAAGUAUUAAAGUGGAUGGAUAGAGACGUCAAGAUUGAAACACACGGUGGUCGAAAGUUUAGAGGAAAGCUAUCAUGCUUUGAUCAACAACAGAAUGUAUUAUUAUCAAACGCCCAUGAACUCAUGUUUGGCGAACAACGUUAUAAAGAGUUUAUAGAUCAAAAACAUAAAGAAAAUGGAACAUCUCCUUCACAAAUUGAAAUAGGUAAGAGAUCACAUUAG